ACCAAUUUUAAUACUAUUUUAACAAAUUACAAAUGUAUCGAUCAAUUCAUAUAUAAUUAUGUGAUAAUAACAAGAGACUUGAAAGACUACAUAUUCUAAUUGAGAUCAUCAAACCCAUAUUAUUAAUUUUAUUUAUCAUUAUUAUUAGAAUGGAAAAUUUACCAAUAAUGAUGUUGGUUUUGCUGUUGGUAGUGUUAUUACAGCAUAGCUUUCAAGUAUAUUCCGAUGGUAGGUUAUAACUGCAUAGCUUUCAAUUGCCUCUAGCUUGUUCAUUUUUUCUUUCUAAGAGUUGAAAUAACAACAUUUUGUAUAACUAUACUUUACAUAUAGGUAUAGUAGAAACAUUGUAUUAUUCAUUAAUGGUCAUAUUCAUUAUAAUAUAGUCAUGAUUCCAAACAGAAAUAGGCUUAAGAAAAAAAUAAUUUUUUGGUUCUUAUUUUUAAAAAUUAUUAAAAAAAAAUUAGGAAAAUUAUUUCAUAUACAAUUUUUUAAUUUUCUUUUUAAAUUCAUUUUGGAUUGCUCCAAUAGUUUUUAUGUGGGUUGUUACGUAGAUUUUGGUUGCAAUUUAAGUUGUUAUAUAGGUUAUUAUGAGUAUUUUCGUAAAAAUGAAAAAAAAAAAAAAACAUGCUUUGAAGUGUAAAAAUAAAAAAUUUUAAAAAAUUAUAGAUUUUUUUAUUUGAGACCUUAAAAUAAGUAGACGUUAGACGCAAGUCGAACCUGUCUUAACCUAGGCCAAUCUUGUGACCAAUACUACAAGUGACCACAUUCCUUUUUACUUUUUCUUCUUGAGUUUAUAUAUGUAAAUAGACAUAUUUUUAUUAUAUAAUUAUGAAAUUUGAGAAUAACCCAAUUGAAAUUUAUGGUUGGAUUUGAAAAUGGAUGAUAUUAUGAUAUGUUUUCAGGUGAAACUUGGCUAAGCAUAGAUUGUGGAGCAAGGACACCUUCUGUGGAUGCUCUCACUUUUACUCAAUGGGUAACUGAUGACAAAUACAUUAAAACAGGUGAAAAUAAGCUUCUCUCAACACCCACUAAUCUUUUUGAGAUGUCUACACUUAGAAGUUUCCCAAAAUUAGGUAAUUCCAACAACAACAACAAUAGUAAUAAAUAUUGUUACAAUUUGCCACUAAAAUCCCAAUCCAAGUACCUUGUUCGAGCUGGAUUUUACUAUGGAAACUAUGACAACCUUAAAAAGCCACCAACAUUCAAUCUUCAGCUAAGGUCAGGAAGUGUAAAUGUUAAGGUUACAACCUCUCUUGAUUUGGAUCCAAUUUACCAUGAAUUUAUUAUUUUCACAACAGAAAGUAGUGAUUUUGAUGUGUGUUUAGUUGAAACACAAGAAGAUGAGGUUCCUUUCAUUUCAACACUUGAAGCUACCAUCAUUCAUGAGCAAGAGGUAUAUAGGUUGAUGAAUAAGAACAUGGUAUUGUACCUUGAAUCUAGGAUCAACUAUGGUGUCGAUCAAAGUGUCCCAGAUCGUUUUGUGUCAUUGGUUGAGAAGUACAACAGAAUAUGGAAACCACAAGAAGAUCCAAGAUACCUAAGCUCUCAAUUUGGACCAAAUAUACCAAUAUCAUAUUCGGUAGAGGAGAACAAUCCACCAGAUGUUGUAAUUAAUUCCUUAAUCGAAGCACACAAUGCCUCUCAAUCCAUCGUCUUACCAAUCAAUUUUCGCCAAAAAUCUCAAGUAUUAGCCUAUUUCAUAUUGUAUUUCGAUGUAACAGCGGCUUACAAGCCGUUGGAAGAACCUAGGACAGUUUCCAUUUCUAUCGAUGGUAAAAUAAUGAACACAACUCAGCUCCCAGGAUUUCUGAGAGGUGAAGUUGUGUCCAUAUUUCCAAUUAAAGUGAAUGGUGGUGUGGCUACUUUGAGCAUUGCUUCGGUUGGGGCAACGACGUCUACGUCGCUGCCACCACCGGCUAUUCUCAACGCCAUGGAAGUGUUUUCUGUGCUUGAUGUUUCCGAUGUUGGAAGAUCAUCAGUUGUUGGAUCUUCCUUUAGUCUUGUUAUGCUUCUUCUUAUGCUUUAUUGCACUGAGUGGAUUGAUUUCUAAUCAAUUAUUACUCCUCGUCAAAUUUAUGAUCAUUGUAGAAUUUUGUUUAAAAAAAAUUUUAGU